CCUCAAUUUCGAUUUGAAAUUUAGCGGGAAAUACAGUUGUUGUCUUUUGCUGUUUCUAUUAAUUUAUGCUGUGAACACUUUGAAAUUAUUGCUAACAAUCUGCAGUUAUACCAUUUUAUCAUUGGAAAGGAAAAUGGAUUUCAAUGAAGAACACCUUCCUGAUUUAUUACCCCUCUAUUACAAACGACUCUUUCCACAUCAAUUAUUCUAUCAGUGGCUUAGUUAUGGAGACAAUCAGAUAUUUUCCAAGAGAGAAGUAUCUUUUACUCUAUUUGGAGAUAUAUACAUAAGAUAUCAGUCCUUUGAUACCUAUGAACAGUUCGUUCAAGAAAUCCACAAGAAACUGCCUGUGAAGAUCGAUAUAGGUGCCAUAUACCUCCAAAGACCCAAAGAUAAACUCACAUGUCGAACACUGAUACCAGUCCAAAAAGAAUUGGUCUUCGAUAUCGAUAUGACAGAUUACGAUGAUGUACGUAUAUGUUGCUCAGGAGCAGAAGUAUGUAACAAAUGUUGGAAAUUCAUGGUCAUUGCCUGUAAAAUUAUAGACGUUACAUUGAGAGAAGAUUUCGGUUUUAAAAAUAUAUUGUGGGUUUUCUCUGGAAGAAGAGGUAUACAUUGUUGGGUAGCUGACUCUAGCGUUAGACAUUUAGGAGAUGAUGUCAGGAGCUCUGUCGCUGAGUAUAUACAAGUUCUGAAGGGUGGUUUAUCAACUAAGAAGGUUCAACUGCCAGGGGAAAAAAUUCAUCAUUCAAUUGUGAGAUCUCUGAGUAUAAUUGAUAAAUACUUCAAUGAGUCAUUGGUAAUUCAUCAAGAUAUAUUAGGGAAAGAAAGACUGGACAAGUUUUUGAAUAUUAUAGAUCAAGAUUUACGUGGUACUUUUAAGGAAGCUUUAGAGAAAUUUGAUACAUCUGAGGAGAGAUGGAAGGCAUUUGAAAAUACAUUCACAGAUUUACUGAGAAAGGGUCAAAUACCUAAAAACCUGAAAAAUUUGAGGGAAGAAAUAAAGUUACAAUACUGUUAUCCUCGACUGGAUAUUCAUGUGUCGAAAGCAAUGAACCAUUUACUAAAAGCCCCAUUUUGUGUCCAUCCAAAAAGUGGCAAAAUAUCAGUACCUUUCAAUCCACGCUUUGUCGAUAAUUUCGAACCUGAUAAAGUUCCAACCAUCACCUUACUUGAUCGAGAAAUCAAUGAAUAUGAUGCUAAGUCCAAAACAAUGACCGAGGGGGUUGAAGACUCGUCAAUAAAAAUCAAGGAUUAUAAAAAAACGAGUCUACUGAAAUCUGUGGUGAUUUUCGAGCAGUUUAUAAGGUCUUUAGAGAGGGAUAUGAGGAGUAAAGAAAAUACUGAUAUAAUGGAGGUCAUCUGAUGGACUCAGUGGUUCGAGAAGGAUUCUUACAUGUUUUAUUGUAAUUUGAAAUGUAUGUUUCUCAUUAUUUUGUGAUUCGAGAAAUUUUUAACGAAUUUUAUUUCACAUUUGGAUUAUAGUAGGGUUACUUAUGUUUUAAAUACCAUUUGUAAUUGUUAAUGAUACUUUGUUGUUUAUAUUUCCUUGCCUAUUAUGAGAAUAGAAGGAUUUUCGUU